GGUGCGGGGCGGGAGAGCGCGGCGGCAGGCAAAAUGUGUGACAAGCCAGACCUCUCGGAGGUGGAGAAAUUCGACAAGAAGAAGCUGAAGAAGACCAACACGGAGGAGAAGAACACGCUGCCCUCCAAGGAGACUAUUGAGCAGGAGAAGGAAUGUGUGAAGUCUUCCUAGAGCGAGAUGGCCUGGCAGGAAGAGCUACCACUUGAUUUUUUUUGCUUUGAGUUAAAUCAUGUGUUGUUUUUAAAUUUACAUCAUGUACAUGUAUAGAAAACAGCUGCAUCACCUAACCCACUGUCCCACCUUGCCGGCAGCUUUGGCGGGUGGGGGGAACAACACACGGCCCUCUCAGUCCAUCAACAGCCUGACCCAACCCCAUCUCUGGUGCUCAGCCGACUCCCGUUGACAGCGCUCUAAUGCGGUGGGGAGGUGAGCAAGGGCUAUGCAGGCUUCUGGGGACAGAGCCCUUCUGCCUGGGGGAGUGGGGAUCCUUUCUGGCCUGGGUCUGUCUCGCAUGCUCUUCACUGAUGGUGUUGUGUAGCCUCACUCACGGUUCUUUGUCUUCCUUGGGGGAAAAAUGAGAAGUUUAUUAUAAAAUAAAAAAUGUAAUGACCUA